CUUUUUCUCAUCAGCUCCAACUCUCCCUUCCGCCGUCCAUCGGCCUCCCUCGAGUGAGAGAAGCGAGAAGAGAGGAGAGAGAGAGAGGAGAGUGCACUUUUCCGAAUCGAAUUCUCGGAUCAGUCCCCGAUCGAGUAGCUUCAAUUCAACAGACAGAUUCCUGAUUUCUUCUCUGCCGGAAGAUUUUUGUCUUCCUUCUUUCCCAUGGUUACGAUCAUUCCAGAUCUCACGCAGGCUGGUGAAUCUUGUUGAUGGGUCCUCUUUCAGUAGAUUUUUCUUCCUCCCGGCGUCGCAGAUCGAUCUGAGAUUUGCUCCUCCUGCGAUUGCAGUCGUCGACGGGAUUCGUUCUUUACGAGAUGAAUUAGUAGAUCCUUGCGAAGGCGAGAGGUAAAACAGCCGCCACUUUUGCUCCCUUUGCUGCUUUUAGGGUUUCCAGUUUUCAACUUCGUGGAUCUAUCGAUUUUGAGUCGAAACUGAUGGGUUUUACAUCCAAGAUUUCGUUUUAUCUACUUAGCUCUAUCGUGUGAGUUGUUGUGGCUGAUGAGCUGCUUCGGGCCUUGAAGGAGACGGAAGGUGGAGUGAGGGGUGGGAGAAUUUUGAGAUGGAGGAUCUGUCCAAGUAUAGUCAUAGUCCGGCUCAUCUUGCCGUUUUACGAAGAGACCACGUAGGCCUCCGGCGUACCGUCUCCGCGCUCCCUCGCCUCCCCAAGGCUGGGGAGGUUACCACUGAGGAGGAAUCCCUUGCUGGCGAGCUCACAGCUGAUGCUGUCUCUGCGGUCAUUGAUCGCCGUGAUGUUCCCCACCGGGAGACCCCGCUUCACCUUGCUGUUCGGCUCCGUGACCCCAUCUCUGCCGAGAUUCUCAUGUCCGCUGGUGCUGAUUGGUCCCUUCAGAAUGAGAAUGGCUGGUCAGCCCUCCAGGAGGCUGUUUGCACCCGUGAAGAUUCUAUUGCCAAGAUCAUUGCCCGCCACUACCAACCCCUUGCUUGGGCUAAGUGGUGUCGCCGUCUCCCUCGCAUCGUUUCAUCCAUUUCACAAAUCCAGGAUUUCUACAUGGAGAUCACGUUCAACUUCGAGAGCUCAGUGAUCCCAUUUAUUGGGAGGAUUGCACCAUCGGACACUUACCGAAUAUGGAAACGAGGUCCAAACCUUAGAGCUGACAUGACGUUGGCCGGAUUUGAUGGCUUCAGGAUUCAGCGCUCUGACCAGACUUUCCUUUUCCUUGGUCAGGGUGCUCCUUCUGAGAGCGGGCAUCCCCAGCUACCCCCUGGGUCGCUAAUUGUGCUUGCUCAUAAGGAGAAAGAGAUCACAAAUGCACUAGAAGGAGCUGGAGCGAAGCCCACUGAGGCAGAGGUGGCUCAUGAAGUUGCUUUGAUGGCUCAGACAAAUAUGCACAGGCCAGGAAUUGAUGUUACACAAGCUGAGGUUGUCCCACAUUUGAAUUGGCGGAGACAAGAGAAGACUGAAAUGGUUGGAAAUUGGAAAACGAAGGUCUAUGAUAUGUUUAAUGUGACAGUGAGUGUCAAGUCAAGACGGGUUCCUGGUGCUAUGACUGAUGAGGAGUUAUUCACCAUGGACAAUGACGAAAGGAUGGCUAAUAGUGGAAAUGUUGAUCCAGAGCUUGAUGAAAUAUUAACACCAGAGGAGAGAAAACAGUUAGAUUCAGCACUUCAGAUUGGAAAUUCGCAAGGUUUCAAUGACUAUGACGAUAAUAAUGGGGCACAUGAAAGUGUUGGCAACUCUGAAUCAAAUGGUGUCAACAAAGAAAAAAGAAAUUGGUUUGGUUGGAAUAGCAAAAAAGCUUCGAAGAGUAAUGGAAUUGAGGAUACAGAUGACCCGAAAAAUAGACACUCAAAUUUUCCAGAGAAUGGACAUCAUAAUGAUGAAUUACCAAAGGAACAAGGAGAUGCUAAGAAGGGGAAAGAAAAAGGCAAUAAGCAGAAGAGUAGUCUCAAUGAAUCUAACAAACGUGAAAGUGAGUUUAAGAAGGGUCUGAGGCCUAUUUUGUGGUUGACUCCUGAUUUUCCAUUGAAAACAAGUGAGCUUCUUCCAUUACUUGAUAUCUUAGCAAACAAGGUCAAGGCUGUGAGGCGUCUCAGGGAACUCUUGACAACAAAGCUGCCUCAAGGCACUUUUCCUGUUAAGUUGGCUAUUCCCAUCAUUCCUACUAUCCGAGUCCUUGUCACCUUCACUAAAUUCGAAGAGCUAUUGCAAUCUGAUGAAUUUGCCACCCCUCCUUCCAGCCCUACCCAUUUCCAGGAAAACAAAGCCAAAGAAAUAGAAGGAUUAGGUUCCUGGUAUUCAUGGAUGAGAGGGAACCGAGGCGGGCAGACUAGUGAUAGCAGUGAAGGGCAAAGCUGCAAGGAUGAGAUCGAUCCUUUCCACAUCCCUUCAGAUUAUUCUUGGAUCGAUGCAAAUGAAAAGAAACGACGAUUGAAGUCCAAGAGGGGAAAGAGCAAGCGAGGUGCCAGUAGAAAGCAAUCCUCUAAAAAUACAGAUGAUCAGCAAGAUCAUCAGCUGGUGGAUGGUUUCGAAUAGCAAAUUAAGUGCGGUGCAUCAAACCAACUAGGUGAUUUUAUCAAAGAAUUGAUAUGUAUCGAUAACUAAAGUUCAUUUCAUUUUCUGUGAGCAGUAGCUAGUUCGUUCUAUGUUUGUUUGUAUCUUCUGCACUAUUGUUUGGAUUUAUGCUGUCAAGAAAAAGAGUAGAAAAGAAGAAUGACAAGAAACAAUCCGUAACGUGCUUCAUUCUA